GUUUUCGGGAAUAACUGAGACGGGGAGAGAGGGGUCGGGACGGGUCAAAGAGAUCGGGAAGUUUUUAGGGGCUGGGGGAGUCACGGAGACGGGGAGGGUCACAGAGGGCAGGGAGUUUUUAGGGGCCGGAGGAGGCCCGGAGAGGGGUCGGAGGGAAGCGUGUGCUUUCGUUCGUGUUUACCGCUCCGGGGUAUUUUUCAACGGAGAGUCCCGGCGAAUUCGCCCUCAGCCCCGCCUCUGCCCCCCCCCCCACCCCGCCGGUAUUCCGGGAAGAGAAAGUGAAACCGAGAGCCGAGGUAAAGGCGCUGCCGCGGCCGCUGCAGAUUCGCCGCCCCCCGCAAUGGAUGCAGUCGCUGCCCUGCUCGGGGUCGCCCUGAUUCUCGGUAUCUGCCUCCCACCAGUUCUGAGCCACGGUCCCACGCUGGAUACCGGGACGCUGGUGGACUGCACAUUUGUCGAGGAGGCACGUGGCAAGGGGAGCUUCCCCGGCGCAGUUGACCAGACCGAUGCCAUGCUGCUGCUGCGGAGAGUGUCGGGCCGUAGGCUGGAGGAUGAGCGGCCCUCGGGCGUGGCCGUGCCCCCUGACCUGAAGCCAGGCAUGUUCCUCGAGGUGUUCGAUCACUCUCGGGUUACGGGACAUGCGGGGUUUCGCCAGCCGGCGGACGUGAGGGAGAAGCACGGCUGUGAGAUUAAUAAGUACCUUCCCCAGGACUCCAUUCUGGCCUGGGCCGCGCACCUGUCCGAAGACGAACGAACGCCGGCUUAUCAGUCAGGCCGCUGGUUCAGCACGCACCUGCACACCCACGACCGCUCCUUCAGCGUGAGCAGUCUGCACCGCGUGGUGUCAGAGCCCGCAGGAGAAGAGGAUCCUGCGCCUGUGCAAACCUCAGUUGUGCUGAAUGUCUUCAGCCGGAUGCCUCAGGUCAGUGCCAGGCAGGGUCAGGAUGUCCUGCUGGACUGUGGCUUCACGCUGGACCGGUCGAUGGGAUUCGCGGUGGAGUGGCGAUACCAGUUCGAAGGCUCGGGGCACGUGGUUUAUGCCUACAACGGACUGCAGGACCGCGUACAUAUAGCGCAGGAGGGUGCCGAACUCCUGAUGAACCUUCUCCACAGCCACGGGAACGCGUCCCUGGUCCUGCGCAACGUGCGCCUACAGCAGGAUGGCACGUAUAUCUGCACCGUGUAUGCCCCCAACCUGCAGGCCCAGCAGGCUGUUAGCCUCCACAUCUUAGAGCCACCGACACUGGUGCUGAGACCCGACCCGCUGUACCUGUAUCCGGACCAGGCGCAGGACAUCCUGUGUGAGGCACUGGGCUACUACCCGCUGGACGUCAGCAUGACGUGGACCCGCAGGGCCCCUGGUAACGGCAGCGCAGAGCUGCUGCCCAACAGCUGGCUGAACGGACACAACAAGAACAGCGACGGCACCUUCAACGUGACCGGCGUCAUCUCGGUCCGCCCUACCGCUGCCGAUCACGGCACCGUCUACACCUGCCACGCGCAGCACGUCUCCAUGAAGGGUGGGGUCAGGAAGAGCCUGACACUGAAGGUGGCAGGAGUGUCGGGACCCUCGGUGGAGGACGCGGUGGGGAUGCUGGUCUGUGCCUUUGUCCUGUACGGGGCUCUGAAACUGCUGUACUGUUUUGUGUUCCCUCAAGGUUCUGCACUCAGCGUUGGGACAGAGGAUGGAGAAAAGGAGAAGAGUCAAUAACCUGUGGAGUGCUGCUGAGGCUGGGGGUCACCCCAACCCGCACGGUAUGUACAGGAGGAAGAGAGAGCACCUUAUUCUGCUCUAUAAUGUGUGUCUUUCAAGGAUUCGGCCAAGAACCCUGUUAAACUGCGGACUUUCGUGGAUUGGUCUAAAAACCGUGUUUAUGGCGGACUGUUAAUAAAUGUGUGUGUUUCACGGAACGAACUGUCAUUGCGUUAAACGCGGACUGUUUGCAAGAUGUAUAUAAUUUUGUGCAUUGUGCACCAAGCAGUUUUCUAAAUUGUUGCGGAAUAAAAUGCUCUACUUUCA